AUGGCCUUGAUGACCUCAGAGCCGAGCACCGCCGCCCCUGGUCAGCCGAUGAUGCACCAUUUUCAUCCGUACAGCGACAAUGGCGGAACUACCGUCGCCGUGGCCGGCAAAGACUUUGUCGUCGUCGCCUCGGACACCCGUCUUUCCGAGGGCUACAGCAUCUAUACUCGCGAGCAGUCCAAGAUCUUCAACCUGACCGACAACACCGUCCUCCUCUCCACUGGCUGCUGGUGCGACGUCAUCACCUUUGUCAAGGUGCUGCAGGCCCGAAUCAAGUUCUACAACUACGAUCACCGCAAGGCGAUGAGCACCGGCGCCGUGGCGCAGCUCGUCUCGACGAUGCUCUACGGGAAGCGCUUCUUCCCCUACUACAUCAGCAACAUGGUGGCGGGCAUCGACGAGAACGGCGUCGGCUGCGUCUACGACUACGACCCGGUGGGCUGCUUCGAGCGGCUGACCUUCCACUCUGUGGGCAGCAGCGCGCCCCUCAUUCAGCCCUUCCUGGACAGCGUCAUCGGCCAGCUGAACCAGAAGAAGCCGGUGGAGAAGCGCGAGCUGACGGAGGAGUACGUGAAGAGCGUCAUCAAGGACGCCUUUGUGUCGGCGGGCGAGCGCGACAUCUACGUCGGCGACGGCGUCCACAUUCAGGUCAUUCGCAAGGACGGCGGCAACGACCCGAAGGCGGUGGAGUACUUUCCGCUGCGCAAGGACUAG